AUGGUAUGGGCUCCAGAAGAAACGCAGAUCGUGGUUGCGGCCGCGAUCUGUACUCUUCAAGUUCUCAUCCGCUCAUUUGUGCGUAUUGGCGGGACGAUGAAAUGGUUCCCUACUUUACAGCAACAGACGUGGCAUGCCGAUGAUAGCUGGAUGGCUGCCUCUCUCUUCCCCUUGCUACUCCGGACCUUCUGCAUGUGCUGGAACUUUUCCCUAGAGAAGCCGCUCUCACAGGAAGAUGAAGAGCUGUUUCAAAAGCUUGUCAUGACGGCUCGUUUAACCUAUGCAAUGUUUCUCUGGUGCAUGAAGUUAUGCCUUCUUCAGUUCUACACCCGACUGGAAACUGGUUCAAUUCGAGUUCACAGAGCUAUUCAGCUUCUCCGUGCAUUUAUUUUUUUAACAUUAAUUAUCAUCGUCCUUGCGACCUUACUUGAAUGUAGGCCCAUAUAUGUUGCCUGGAGACCAGAGUAUAGCCAUCAUUUGUGUCGAAAGGGAACUGUGAAUCUCCUCUGCAUGGCAUCUUUGAACAUAAUAACCGACCUCGCUCUCAUUUUAUUUCCCAUACCACUUCUCUGGAGGAUGAGUGCUCUCAAAUUUCAGACUAAGGUCCAAUUAACCCUCCUUUUCCUUGUUGGCACACUGGUAGUGGCAAUUACCAUCACUAGAAUACCCCUAAUUCUCAGUCACUCCGUCUCCCAGGAGUCCCGAACUUUGUGGGCUUCAAUUGAAAUUGUAUGUUCGGCUGUCACUGCCAACGCAGCAUUCUACUAUGCUUUGUGGAAAGAAAGUCAACAUCUUGUCUACCGCUGUACCCGCCCUGCGGACCAAGUACCCUCGCAGCUCCGAUCUCCAGAAAUUUCAUCUAGGGCGCUAGGAACUCCUCAAAUAUGGGUUUCGAGGACUAGCGAAUCUACAAUGGAUUGUAGAGACAGUUUCGACAUCGCAGAAUAUCACCUACAGCUAGCUUUACCUAGCACUUCCUUUUUCUCUCAGUUGGAUAAAUUGGAGGCGGGAGAGCAGGAAGUGGACAAGGGAUAG